AUGAGCAGUUCGAAAGUUAUCGAUGAUGGGAUCCCUUCAUCAGCUGGCAUUCAUGGCGGGAAGAGAGCGCGAGAGCUGAUUCCUCAGAUUGACCACCCGAAAAUCACAAAGAUCUGUUGUAUCGGCGCUGGAUACGUUGGAGGCCCAACAUGUUCGGUGAUUGCGAACAAGAAUCCAGAUAUCAGAGUCACAAUCGUAGAUCUCAGCGUCGAACGUAUUGAAGCAUGGCAAUCCAACGACCUUCCCAUCCACGAACCGGACUUGAUGGAAGUUGUGCAAUCAGCUCGCGACAACCACGAAGGUAGACCCGCGAACCUCUUCUUCUCCACGGAUAUCGAUACUGCCAUCAUAGACGCCGAUUGCAUCUUCGUCAGUGUCAACACACCAACAAAGAGCCUUGGGAGGGGCAAGGGAAGAGCACCCGAGAUGUCAUGGUUCGAGUCUGCUAUUCGGAGAAUCGCCGACGUAGCAGCAUCAGACAAGAUCAUCGUCGAGAAAUCCACGGUUCCCGUCCGGACGGCAGACAACAUGCGCGAGAUCCUCAUGGCAAACUGCAGACCGGGCGUGAAAUUCGAGAUCCUCUCCAAUCCGGAGUUUCUGGCCGAGGGAACCGCCAUCAAGAACCUGCUCGAGCCAGAUCGCAUCCUCGUCGGUUCCCUAUCCACCGAAGCAGGAAUCCGGGCUGCUGCUUCGCUGGUCGACGUCUACGCGGCCUGGGUCCCGAGGGAGAAGAUCAUCACUACCAGCCUCUGGUCAUCCGAGCUGGCCAAACUCGCUGCCAAUUGCCUCCUCGCACAGCGAAUCAGCAGUAUCAACGCCCUCAGUGCAAUCUGCGAGCAGACAGGAGCCAACGUCUCCGAAGUCUCCAGAGCAUGCGGUCUGGACGCUCGGAUCGGCCCCAAGAUGUUGUCCGCCUCUGCUGGCUACGGCGGUUCCUGCUUCAAGAAAGACAUCCUCAGCAUGUCGUACAUCGCCGAGGCUCUCCACCUCCCUGAGGUAGCGGCAUACUGGAAGUCGAUCAACGACAUCAACGAGUACCAAAAGGAUCGCUUCGCACGCCGCAUCGUGGCAUGCCUGCACCACUCUCUCGCGAACAAGAAGAUCGCCGUCUUCGGCUUUGCGUUCAAGAAAGACACCGGCGACGUGAGAGAGAGCGCGGCGAUCAGCAUCUGCCACCAUCUCAUGAUGGAGGGCGCAGAUAUCGGAAUCUACGACCCCCAGGCUCCGGAAGAGAACAUCCGCCACGAGCUCGAGGCCUCCUGUGACGACCCCCGAAUCGUUAGAGAGCGGGUGAAGGUCUACCAGACGCCGUACGAGGCAUCUCAGGACGCUCACGCGGUCGUGAUCGUGACCGAGUGGGACGAGUUCGGCAACAGAACGUCGGCGGCGCCAGAGAGGAGUGUGGCGGUCAGUACUCCGCCCGCUACGCCUCGAAGGGGCACGUCUGAGACCGAGAAGGCGUUCUCUGUCAGCCUAGAGCUGGAGCCGGCGGCUCUGAAGGCCAAGGUCGAUUGGGAGAAGGUUGCCCGCGGUAUGCGGAAACCCAUGUACGUCUUUGACGGGAGGAAUAUGGUUGAGCCUCGGAGCCUCGAGGACCUGGGAUUCCAGGUCGAGGGUAUUGGGAUGGCUGGCAGAGGGCGCAGGGUUGUCGUCGAUUUGGACUCGUAG